CUAAAACAAGUGGGAUUUUACUGAAGUUAGCAAAUUUUAAUUAAUUAUUAUAUAUAUUUAUAUAUUAUAUAUACAAUAUUUAUAUAUAUACAAAUUCGAUGGCGCCAGCUAACGCGACAAAAGUCGCCGAAGAAACUGCAGAGCCUGCCGGGGACGAGCAGAAGAAGAAAGCCAAAGCAACAGCCAUAGGGGACUUUGCAUCCAUUGAGGAGUUUACAAAAAAUGGCCUAGCUGAAAUAGUUGAGGCUACCAAGGCGGUAAAUUUCUUUCCUCAAGGUUCUGCACGCGAUUUAUAUUGCGCCUAUCCCACUUUCGGUCGUGUUGUGGACGAGCAAUCGCAUCGCAUAUUUGGUUUGGUAUCGAAAGUGCUUAAGUGGCAAAAUGUCAAAGGCAACAUAGAGCGCCGUCAACAAGAUGAACAAUUUGAAAUGCUUUUGGAAUGUAAUGAUGCUAUGAUGGAACGUUUAAAUUCAAAUCUAGAUGAUUUAGCAGGCAUUAAAAAGAAUCCACAAACAAUAGUUGUUGAGUCACAUAUAAAUAUCGAAAGUGGUAAUAGGAUUGCUAAUGGUUCUGGUGCUGGUAGUUGGAAUUUGAAGAAAAAUGAGGCGUCACCAAUUGCUGCACGCUUGAUCACAGCUAAAAAUAUUGCUCGACCACAAAUAAAAUUUAAAGUUGCUGUUGAUAAUAGCGCACAGACGCCGUUCAUCCCAAGGUUGAAGGAUAAACCCAAUUCACUGAAACCACUAGCUAUACUGCCAGAGUACGAUGAGAGUGGUAAUGUAUCCAGUUACCUACAUCCCUAUGAGUUCGAGCUAAUGAAGUGGGAAGUGCCCAACGUUCAAUUGAAGCGCACAAGCCCCGUUGUACCCGCAAAAAUGGAUGACACUCAAUUAAUUUAUGUCGACACAGUGCCGAAAUUGAAUGCUGCUGUAGAAGAGCUGAGCAAACAACGUGAAAUUGCUAUUGAUGUGGAACACCACUCUUAUCGCACCUUCCAGGGUUUUACUUGCUUAGUGCAGGUAUCAUCACGUAACAAAGAUUAUCUAUUUGAUGCUUUAGAGUUGCGAGACGAUAUGCACGCACUCAAUACCGUAUUCACCGAUCCGAAAAUUGUGAAAAUCUUUCAUGGCGCCGAUAUGGAUAUUGAAUGGCUACAACGUGAUCUUUCGCUAUAUAUAGUGAACAUGUUCGAUACACAUCAAGCGGCUAAGGCUUUAAAUUAUGCGAGAUUAUCUUUGUCGUAUUUACUGAAACAUUAUUGUGAUAUAGAAGUUGAUAAAACCUUUCAAUUGGCGGAUUGGCGUAUACGGCCGUUACCAAAGGAAUUGGUUUCAUACGCACGUCAAGAUACCCACUACCUUCUAUAUAUAUUCGAUCGUAUAACUAACGAUUUGCUCGACGCCGGCCAUCAGCAAGCCAACUUGCUGCGAAAUAUUUACCAACGCAGCACUGAAAUUUGCAAAAAACGCUAUGUGAAACCACAUAUAACUGCAGAUUCGCAUAUGGAUCUCUAUCGCAAAUCUAAGCGUGUCUUCGAUAAUCGUCAAUUAUAUGCAAUGCGUGAAGUUUUCCAAUGGCGUGAUACUACGGCGCGUCAGGAGGAUGAAAGUUAUGGUUAUGUGUUACCCAAUCAUAUGUUACUACAGAUUUCGGAGAGUUUGCCACGCGAAAUGCAGGGCAUACUGGCGUGCUGUAAUCCCAUACCGCCAUUGGUGAGACAAAAUUUACAUGUGCUCCAUCAGAUUGUGCUGCGUGCGCGUGAACAGCCGUUGGUUAAGCCUGUUCCGGAGACAGAAACCAUUCAUCGCGUUGCUAGCAAUAAUACUAAAGAUUACAACAGCAAAUUGUAUUGCCCGCAUGAUUUGUCGCAUAACGAAGAGUUCCGCGAUGAUUUGCCAACACUACUAAAUUUCACAAAAACGCCUACACAACCAUUACCAAUAAAAAUCAACGUAAAGCUGGCUAAACCUGUUUUGAAAAUUUACGAAACGCCCGAGCCAUCAGACGAGGAUGAGGAUCAGCGUAAGCAAAAGCAAUUACAGAACGGCAUAAAAUUUGUCAGUCCAUAUCAACGCUAUCGCGCUAUGUUGCCUCUGAUAGAGAAACAAAAGGCUGAGGAAGCUGCACACAUUGAGGCUGAGAAUAAGAAACGUCAGUUGUGUCCUGCGGCAAAUUCAGUGCCUGCCAAAGCAGAGGUCGAAAUUAAGAAUGAGCCCGCUGAAGAAGACGAAUACAGUAUGCCAAUUAAGGAAAUACUCAAACGCACACAUGAAGAGGCAAUAGCGAAGAAACUUAAAGCAAAGAGAGCUGAGGAGCCCAGCGCCAAACGUUUUAAGACGGAAACACCGAUUGAUGAUAAACUUAAGUUUGUUAAUCUACCACCGACCAAAAAAGAGUUACGAGAAGCUAAGAAAUCCGCACCGGCAAGCAGGCCACUUCAACAACCCGUCGUCAAUACCACCACUGUUGUCGAUAAAUCGAAUAGUUCCGCGCAUACCAUUAGUGAUGAUUCAGACAGCGGUCCGGAAGAGUUGCCCAGCACGUCAUAUGCAUCACCGUCGAUGCAGACAAAUUCAGUCAAUCGACAGCAGCAGCAACGUCAAAGCGGCAAAAAGAAGUUCAAAAAUAAAAACAUGAAGAAUAGAAAUAAUCCCAAUCAAUCUUCAAAUAAGCCAAUCGAUGUUAAAAAUUUCGACUAUAAAAAUGUUGACUUUAAAAAAUUCCAAGGUGGUGCACAACGCGCAAAGGGCAUGGAGUUGAAACCACAAUUUCAUGGCAAGGGCAACUCCAAUAAGAAUAAUAACAAAAAAUUCAACAAAUUAUUCACAUUCAGCAAUGUUAAAGGUAAAAAGUAGGAAAUUUUUCUACUUUAUUAGGACUGCCAAACCAUGCUAAAUUUAAACCACAACAUUGAAGUUUUGGGCGUAACAUUGUACAUCAUAAACAAAUCCAAAUUUUUAUGUUAUAUGAACGUGUAUUUAUUACAUCAAUUUUAUAAAACUAACCUAGCGCACAGUGCGAAAAUACUUUGCAUUAAAAUAUAUUACAUCUCCUUAUGUAUAUUUUGUAUAUUUAUGUAAAAUGUACAGUGCUAUGCUACUUGAUACUACAUACAUAAGUAAUAAAUUAGGUUUUGAAUAAACAUUUAAAUACAUACAUAC